AUGUUCACCAAAAUCUUUUCUUUACCUUCCAGAAUCCUCAACAUGGCUUACACUACACCAGAGGAAAGAAAUGGAACAAAUAUAUCUCAAACUAUGGAUAAUUUCCAAUCUAACUUUUCAUCAACCUCAAGUCCUCUUACUUCAUUGGCGGAAAUUCUAAUGGCAUGUAACAAAAGAGCAACUUCGUCUCUUUAUUUAAUUCCUCAGAUGAUGGUCCUAUUAUUUGCACUGCCAGCAAAUGCAAACAUGCUGUUUUUGUUUUUGAAGAACAGGAAAACACUGUCACCCUCAGAGGUUUUAGGUCUCAACCUGGCCCUGCUUGGUGUGCUGUUUUGUCUUACCCUUCCACUAGACAUAUAUACUACAGUAAAAGGACGCCUGGGAAUACUUGUGCACACCUCAAACACAGUUGGUGUCCUCACUUACACUGGCUGCCCCCUCUUGCUGACCAGUAUGUGCUUAGAGCGAUAUGUGGCAGUGUCGCACCCUGUGCUUUUUAUGAGACUGGGAAAGUCAGAGUACCGUGCUGCCUGUUCGGCCAUCAUCUGGAUUCUCACGGGUUUGACAGCCACAGUUACUUUCAUCUUCACCCUUCCCAUUACGGCUGUCUACUUAUCGGUCAUCAUUAAUGUGUUGUUUUUAAUAAUGGUGGCCUGUUUGUUGGGCAUUGUUUGUGUAUUGUGUAAAAAGGGUCCAGGUGAUGCCAAGUCUGGUGAAAAAAGUGAUUCCCCAAAAAAGAAAAAAGCUCUAAAGAACAUCAUGAUUGUUUUGGUACUCUCAACUAUAGUCUACUUUCCACUGCUGGGCCUGGCUCCUUAUCUACUAAUAGUUCAGGAACUUGUUCGGCAGGGCACAUUUACAGAUCACUGUAAACCUCUAUACAUAUGUGUUACCUUUCCAUAUUUUGGAGUGUGUAUUGGACCCUUGUUCUAUAUAGCCCGGGUCAGGCAAAUGCUCUGUAUUCGGAAAAACCAAGCCAGAGAAAAAAAGUCAACCACUAUAGACCAAAAAAACUAA